GGAAUACGUUAGAUUAAACUUGACCUUCAGCUGGUCGCUGUGAUAAUAAUAGUGGUAUGUCUGCGCUUUUGGAAGAUAUUUUUGAUGUGAAGGAUGUCGACAAGGACGGUAAAAAGUUCGAUAAAGUCUCACGGUUAUUUUGUGAAAGUGAAUCAUUCAAGAUGGGGUUGAUUUUAGAUAUCCAUGCUCUGAUAUACAGUCUUUCGAAAGGAGACAAGUUCCGCAUGGUUCUUACUAAAACGCUUCUUAAUGAACUGGCUACAGAUGCAGACGAUGACGACGAAGAUGAUGCAGCAGAUGAAACAGAUGAAAAGCUGGCGAACAGCAAAAUGGCAGAGUUUGACUAUGUAUGCUACGGAAAAAUAUACCGAAUAGACACCCAAGAUAGUGGCGUUGACGCCAGUAGGCUCUCCUGUUAUGUUUCUUUCGGGGGGCUGCUUAUGCAGCUUACAGGGGAUGCGAGUAACCUGCAAGGAUUUCGUGUCGGAAAACAUUUGUAUUUGAUGAUUAAGAAACUUGCUUUCUAAGCUAGGAUCAUUUCACAUAUGUAUAUAGUGCAAAUAAAAAUUCUAUCAAUCAACUCAUGUAUAAAAGAAUAAAAGUUUUGAAGUG